UACCGAGCCAUAAUGGACAUGAGUGACGAAAAUACAAAGGCCAGUUACCUUGACUGGUCCAACGCUUUCAAGCAAGAAUGCAGCUCCGUCUAUGUUUCUAACGGAGAUGCGGCCCUUGCCGCGAGCGAUUACGACAGGGCUAUCAACUUAUACUCUGCGGCGAUUGACCUCAAUUCUGAGAGUGACACCGCAUUCUCCAGCCGCAGCAAGGCCAAGUUGGAGAAAAUGCUAUGGGAAGAUGCGCUUCUCGAUGCGCAAAAGGCCAUCAAACUCAACCCUGUGUCUCAUGUUGGAUACGCAGUGAAGCAUGCGGCACUUCAUGGUGCAUGACGGUACGAUGAAGCGAUCGAGGCCUUCGAAAUGAUGCU